AUGGGCAAGAUCACCUUCUACGAGGACAAGAACUUCCAGGGUCGCUCCUACGAGUGCAUGAGCGACUGCUCGGACAUGACCACCUACCUGAGCAAGUGCAGCUCGUGCAGGGUGGAGAGCGGCUGCUUCAUGGUCUACGACCGGCCCAACUACAUGGGAAACCAGUUCUUCCUGAGGAGGGGGGAGUACUCCGACUACACGACUUUUGGCAUGAGUGACUCUAUCCGAUCCUGCCGUUUAAUUCCUCAGCACCGAGGCUCGUACAGAAUGAAGAUCUUCGAGAGGGAGAACUUCCAGGGCCAGAGUCACGAGCUGCAGGACGACUGCGACAACAUCCAGGACCGCUACCGCAUGUCCGACUGCCAGUCCUGCAACGUGCAGGACGGCCACUGGCUGAUGUACGAGCAGCCGCACUACAGAGGCAAGAUGAUGUACCUGAGGCCCGGGGAGUACCGGAGCAUGAGGGACGUGGGACACAGCGGCAUGAGGCUCAGCUCCGUCAGGCGCAUCAUGGACUCCUGCUGA